GCGCCUGGGGAGCGCGCCCGGAGAGCCAAGAGGGAGGAGCGCGGGGAUCUCCGACAGCCUGCCCGCCCCCGCGCCGCCCGCGCGCAACAGUUCCCCCAAAGUUGCAGCCCGGGAGGCGGGCGCGCACGGGCGGCCAAGGGGCGGGCGGCCAACGGGGACGCGGCCUCGAGGCCCAGCGCGGAGAGUCCCGCGGGCAGCGGCGGCGGCGGCGGCAUGGGCACCCGGCAGACCAAAGGCAGCCUGGCGGAGAGAGCCAGCCCCGGCGCCGCGCCGGGCCCCCGUCGCGAACGGCCCGACUUCUGGGCGUCGCUGCUGCUGCGCGCCGGGGACAAGGCGGGGCGCGCGGGCGCGGGGAUGCCCCCCUACCACCGGCGCGUCGGCAUGGUCCAGGAGCUGCUGCGGAUGGUGCGCCAGGGCCGGCGGGAGGAGGCGGGGACGCUGCUGCAGCACCUGCGCCAGGACCUGGGCAUGGAGUCGACCUCGCUGGAUGACGUUCUGUAUCGCUACGCCAGCUUCCGGAACCUGGUGGACCCCAUCACACACGACCUCAUCAUCAGCCUGGCACGCUACAUCCACUGUCCCAAGCCGGAAGGCGAUGCGCUGGGCGCCAUGGAGAAGCUGUGCCGGCAGCUGACAUACCACCUCAGCCCCCACUCCCAGUGGAGACGGCACCGAGGGCUGGUGAAAAGGAAGCCACAGGCCUGUCUCAAGGCUGUCCUGGCGGGGAGCCCCCCAGACAACACAGUGGACCUGUCAGGCAUCCCACUGACCUCCCGAGACCUGGAGCGGGUGACCAACUACCUGCAGCGCUGCGGGGAGCAGGUGGACAGUGUGGAGCUGGGCUUCACAGGCCUCACGGAUGACAUGGUCCUGCAGCUGCUACCCGCACUCAGCACCCUGCCCCGCCUCACCACACUGGCGCUCAAUGGCAACCAGCUGACCAGGGCCGUGCUGCGCGACCUCACUGACAUCCUUAAGGAUCCCAGCAAGUUCCCCAACGUCACGUGGAUUGACCUGGGCAACAACGUGGACAUCUUCUCCUUGCCCCAGCCCUUCCUGCUCAGCCUGCGCAAGCGAUCCCCAAAGCAGGGCCACCUGCCCACGAUCCUGGAGCUGGGUGAGGGCCCGGGCAGUGGGGAGGAGGUCUGGGAAGGGACAGUAGGCCAGGAGGACCCUGGAGGGGGCCCUGUGGCACCUGCCAAAGACCUUGAGGACAAGGAGACUGUAGCUGCAGCUCAGACGUGACACGGAAGUGAGGGCCCUCACCAGGGAGUCCUUGUGGGGUGGAAUGGCCAAGGCAGGCGGGGUAGGAGCUUCUAUCAGGUGGGCUAAGGCCAUUGCUAAAAACUGGCCUGGGCAGCCCACCUACAGAGGCAGACCAUAGCAUCUGGGGAAGGGGACUUGUGAUACUUCCCAUUGGUCCUCUCCAUCUGCCCCCACGAAUCCCAUUACCCGCCAUUUGGCUCGUAAGUCAUCCCAGGCCCAAGAGACCCUUCUGAGCUCAGCCCACGGCCUUCCCCAGAGACUUGUCGAAAUGUGAAUAUUGCUGGAGGUACUGGAAGCCUGAGCCAAUGUGAACACCAAGGGCUUUCCCCCAGAGAAGGAAUACAGUAGGGCCCGUACGUGCAUUACAUUUUUCAUUCGGGGGACACAAGCUCCAACCAGAUGACCAUGUCCCCACUCAAGGAAGGUGGCAAUCUUUAGCAAAACGCCUGUAACUCAAGAACCUGGGGAAGGGAUUGGUUGUCAGAGACCCCAGUUCCAUCUAUGCUAGGGGUGGACAGAACAUGGUCUACCUGGGCAUCCAGCCACAGGACCAGUUAUGCCCUUUGACAUAUGCCCUUUGACACAACAGCCUAUGAUGCCAUGUGGUACCCAUGCAUACAGGCAUCUAGUCCUGCUCAGAAAUCCCAUAUCCACCUGCCCUACGGGUGAAAAACUACCAACUUUUGUGUGGGCUCUAGUGUCCAUAGCAUGCAGGCCAAGUGACAAGCCUGGCUUCCUGGUCACUUGCCAGUAUGAUUUCACUGACUUAGGCUGUAAGGACCCUUUCCCCGUAACUCUUAAGUAACCCACUAACACAUUCCAGAAAACCUACUGCAGAAGGUAGGCUUUAAAACCUUAAAAACCUGGGACUAUGAAGGAGACCAAUCCCUUGGCAGAUCCAACAAGAUGGCUGGGGAGAGGGAGAAACAAGCUGGAGGCUCCCAAAGGCGCCUAAUUUAGCAAAGGUUCCCAUCUUACCUCCCCUUACCCAAAUGCUCUCCUAGUGAACGGGCCCCGUCAGUUAAGGAAUCUCUUCUAACAGGCAACCCCUAGAUCCAGGUAGUUCAGUCCAGGGAGAUUGGGAGCAAUGUGGGCAAACAGUAUGGGGCACCCUCUGACAGGCCUUGGUAGGCAACAUUCCAGCACAGGAAGACCUGUCAAGAUGGGGCCUAGACUAUGGGGCUCUGCGUGCUGUUAAGGUUGUGGUUAGGAAUGGUGCAAUGCUGCAGGGGCUGGGAGAAAGCUACACCAAGGGACAGAGACCAGAGCAGCAGGAGCCAAAAUUGUGGAGGCCGUAAACGCUUUGAAUUGUUGCCUUCAGUCUAAAGCUGUAUAAUGGGGGGUGAAGAGCUUAGGCUGACCACAGAGAAGUUUACAAGCUAGAGCGCUAAUAUCUGGACUGCUAAUAUCUGACAAUAGUAGGUGAAAUUUACUUUUUCUUCAAAUACACAUUUUUAAGAAUCAAUACCAAAGACCAUCCUUUAUUGUAGUAUUAGUUCAUGGUAACUGCAUGAAAACAUUUCAGGAGGAAUUUACAAUUUCCAGCUUAAAGGACUCAGCCCGCUCAACAUAACCUAUUUAUCAAAGUCCAUUCAUUAAAAAAAAGGCAAAGACCCUCCUGUUGGGCAGGAGGGCAAGGGACAAAGCAGGCUGAGGCAGGAGGACCGUCUCAGCCCAGGAGCUUGGAACUGGCCUGGGCAACAUAGUGAAUCCAUCUCAACAAAAAAAAUGGGUUUUUUUAAUUAGCCAGGUGUGGUGCUGUGAGCUGGAGUCCCAGCUGUGAGGCGGGAGGCUUGCUUAGGCCUGGGUGAUUGAGGCUGCAAUGAGCUGUCAUUGUGCCACCACACUCCAGCCUGGGCAUCGCAGCCAAACUGUCUCAAAA